AUGGUGAAUCCAAAGUACAACAAGAAGAAAUGGAGAGAACGUGAGCAGACUAUCAGUCUGAGAGACAUGCAUGCAGACUAUCGUACUAUCGCAAGAGAGGAAGCAAGAUCUGCUAGGAUUGGCCUUAUCGAAGAUUUGCAUGAGGCUACAAAGGGCAAGAGUGAGGCUCUGUAA